ACACGGUCUAAUUAUAUAAGCAUCAGCAAAUCAUUUUUCUCUCUCUUUUUUUUUUCUCCUUGAGUUUUCCCUCACUUUCUCGUGGGCCAAUCACCACUGCUACUCGUCAAAAAGAAAAGAGAAAAAUGGUCUCCGAAAACAGUAGCUGUACGAGCCUUAUAUUCACGUACGGAACCUUGAAACGAGGGUUCUCCAAUCACGUGCUUCUUCAAGAUCUGAUGCGAACCGGAGAUGCCGUGUUCAAAGGCAGUUACCAAACGGUGGAGAAAUACCCUCUCGUUUGCGGGCCUUACCGCGUCCCUUUCCUCCUCGACAUGCCUGGUUCAGGACACCGAGUCACGGGCGAGUUGUACGCCGUGUCGUCACGUGGACUCGCCCGCGUCGAUGAGUUGGAAGGCACGAGUCGCGGUCAUUACGAGCGGCUGCCGAUCCUGCUGAUUCCCGCCGGCUACGGGUACGAAAGCGGGAAUAACAAAGAAAACGAGGAAGAUCAGGCGGUGUUAACCCGAGCCGCCGCGGGGGGAAUAACUUGCACGGCGGAGGCGUAUUACGCGCACAAGAGUUUCGAGAAGGAGAUGUGGAUGAAGAACGGGGGGAAAGGGUUUGGGAUAUAUUCAGACAAAGAAGCCAAAGGGUAUGUGAAAAGGAAAGAUAGGCCUCAAGAUCUCAGUUUUCUGGAUCAUGUUAGGAUUUUUAUUUCAUCUCCUUCCGAUUAAUUCAGGAAAAGGAAAAUUGGUUGUUUAUAAAUUUUUGUAUUUUGUUAUGAAUUUUCUUUUUGUUUAAUUUGGAAUAUGGAAGAAAUUCAAAUUGAGAAAAAGUUGCUUUGCCAGAA